GCGCUGUUCCGCGGGCGGAGCCCGAGGCGCCCCGCCCUCCCGCCCCCUUGCACGCUGCCGAGCUAGUUUGCACCGGUCACCCAGUUGCCCCCGCCACCCCACGUCCGCUCGUGUGUGUCCCGAUUGCCGCCGGCACCAUGUUCGGCAUGAUCAAGAACUCGUUGUUCGGGAGCGUAGAGACGUGGCCUUGGCAGGUCCUGAGCAAAGGGGACAAGGAAGAAGUGUCCUAUGAGGAAAGGACCUGUGAAGGCGGGAAGUUUGCCACAGUGGAAGUGACAGAGAAGCCUGUGGAUGAGGCUCUACGGGAAGCAAUGCCCAAAGUCAUGAAGUAUGUGGGAGGCACCAAUGACAAGGGAAUUGGGAUGGGGAUGACAGUCCCCAUUUCCUUUGCCGUGUUCCCCAGUGACGAUGGCUCCCUACAGAAGAAAAUCAAAGUCUGGUUCCGGAUUCCAAACCAGUUUCAGAGCAACCCGCCCGUUCCCAGUGACAACAGCAUUAAGAUCGAGGAGAGGGAAAGCAUCACUGUCUAUUCCACGCAGUUUGGGGGUUAUGCCAAGGAAGCCGACUACGUAGCCCAAGCCGCCCAGCUACGCACCGCCCUGGAGGGCACAGCGACCUACCGGAGUGACAUCUACUUCUGCACUGGGUACGACCCGCCUAUGAAGCCCUAUGGACGUCGCAAUGAGGUCUGGCUGGUGAAGACAUGAGUCGUUCAGAGCCAGCACUUCAGGGAUGUGUGCUGGGUCCCCUCACUGGACGGGCAGGAGGGGCUUCGAACUGCAGCUUCAGCUCAACCGACUUUCCUUCAAAGCCGGUUACUGCCGACUUUCUGAAAUAAGCAUGUUCAAUACACGAGGGCUCUUUUCCUCGUGGUGGGAAAUACAGCGGAGAUAGGCCCCAGCAGCAUUUUCCCAGCUAUCUGGGAUAAUUGAUAUUUUAAAAUUAUCGAAUCUGUAUUUCUGUGAUUGAGGGGGGAAUGUAAUUUGUGUGUGAUCUUUAAUCUGUGAUUCUUAUAAGAGCUUUGUCUAAAAAGAAACAAAAAAUAAAGUUAUUUGACUUAAAUAG